AUGGCCGACGAGGACGAGGACGUGGUGGAUCCCUGGCUGAGGCAUUCUACAGUCAACUUCAACCCGGAACCUGGGUGCCUACACGAACCUGGAUAUGUAGAACGCCCAGGACCUCUGGUGCGCGAAGCUCAUAAUGCUGCCCCCGAUGCCUCGACGCUCUCGCGAAAAGUCUCGUUCAAGAAGGCUUCAAACCGCUUCCCCUUCGACAGGCUCAUCUUCCCCAGCCUCGAGACCGUCUUCGAGGCGGUCUUCAAUAUCCACGAAAGGUUCCUGUCGUCCUUGAACAGAAAUGAGUUGGUCGUGCGGUACCAUGUCGACACAGAAAUGGCGUACAUCAACGUUGCCAAUAUUUUUAAGGCACUGCCUGACGCACCGCUGAACCACAGUGACAGUCGAAGCGUUGCCUGA